AUGAUGCAACGCCGGCAGCCCAUCUUCCUAUUCUCACUCACACUGCUCCUCAGCAGUCUCUCUCUCUUACCAGAGAGCUGCCUUUCUUCCUACGCAGCCGAAAUCCUACUCUUGACCAAGAAUGCUCACCUUCGAGAUUCCCUUGGUCAUCUCAAAGAUUGGACCUUGGAUGGGCAUCAUACCCCCGAUGCUCAAUGCUCUUGGACUGGCAUUGUCUGUGACCCAGUCACAUUCGCAGUCGUAUCCAUAGAGCUCUCCAGGUUCAAUCUCUCCGGCAACUUCCCCUCCGGUUUUUGCCGGAUUACUACCUUAGAGUACUUAUCCUUAGCCGAUAACUCUCUCGGAGAGACUCUUUCCUCUCCCUCAAUUUCUCCUUGCUCUCAUAUUCACCAUUUGAAUCUAUCCACUAACUUUUUCUCCGGGAAAUUGCCCGACUUAACCCCUCCGUUCACCAACUUGCGCUCCUUGGACCUCUCUCACAACAAUUUCUCCGGUGUGCUCCCGCCAUGCAUAACGGCACUUAAACGAUUGCACAAGCUGGACAUUCAACAGAACUACUUAUCGGGCGAGAUCCCAAGCGAUGUAAGCAGCUGGACUGAACUGACAGAGCUGAACCUAUCGAGAAACAGAAUCUCCGGCUUGAUUCCUAGCGGCCUUGGAAAUCUGCCGAAGCUCACGUUUCUGGACCUCUCCGAGAACCAAUUAUCCGGAGGGAUUCCAACAGAACUAGCGAACUUGAAGCUUCUUGAUAAGUUCAAUCUCUCCUUCAACAAUCUCUCUGGGCCAAUCCCUCGUGCCUUUAACAACAGUUUCUAUAUCAUGAGCUUCUUUGGAAACCCUAACCUAUGCAGUCCAGUCGACCUAAAACCCUUCCCUCCCUGCCCGAAAACCAAAUCGUCAUCGUUAGGAACCUCGGUUCUGGUGGUGGCGAUAAUCGUCUUCUUCUUGCCAUUCAUACUGGUAGUCUCACUCUUCCUGUUAUACAAAAUCUGCAGAAUUGGAGUAACAGUUGGCGGGAAAGAAAAAUUGAAACCGCAAUUGAAGAUGACGACAUUCCAACUGGUGGUAGAGUUCGACGAAGAUGAGAUAUUGGAUUCGUUGACGGAGGACAACCUGAUAGGAAGGGGCGGAUCCGGCAAGGUAUACAGGGCAAGAUUGAAAAACGGAGGGACUGUGGCGGUGAAGAAAAUGUGGGGAGGAGUCAGGAAGGCGGUAACAGAGAGAGCGUUCAGGGCGGAAGUGGAGACGUUAGGGAGGAUCAGGCAUGAGAAUAUCGUAAAAUUACUGGUUACCUAUACGGGGGAGGAUUGUAAGCUGUUGGUGUACGAGUACAUGGAACAUGGGAGCUUGGGAGAUGUUUUGCAUGAUGAGGAGAAAGGUUUGGGUAUUUUGCUGGACUGGAGGAAGAGGUUCGAGAUAGCAGUUGAGACGGCGCAGGGAUUGGCUUAUCUACACCACGACUGCAUGCCGGCUAUCGUACACAGGGAUGUUAAGCCCAACAACAUAUUAUUGGAUGCGGAGUUCCGUCCCCGUGUGGCGGAUUUUGGACUGGCGAAAAUUGAAACCGGUACCGGCACGGAAAGUGUAAUGUUCUCGCGCGUGGCUGGUUCUUUUGGCUACAUUGCACCCGAAUACGCCUACACCUCUAAAGUGACGGAGAAGUGUGAUGUGUACAGCUUUGGGAUUGUAAUGAUGGAACUGGUGACAGGAAAGAAGCCUAGUGACUCCUUUGCUGGGGAGAGCAUGGACAUGGUUAAGUGGGUAACUAAUGCUGCAACGUCAAACUCUCAAGAACCUAAAGGAGGAGGCAGUAUUAAUGCUGACAGUUGUGGUAACAUGAAUUUGCUUAACAUUAUAGAUCCAAGAAUGAAAGUUUCAUCUCACGAUCAUGAAGAGAUCAAGAAUUUCUUGAACAUCGCUCUUCUCUGUACUUCUACUUAUCCAAGGAACAGACCAUCCAUGAGAAGUGUCGUUGAGCUGCUUAAGGAGACCAGAGUUAAUUGA